AUGGCUCCUCUCCGAUCGCUCCUCAUCUUUCUCCUUGGCCUUCUUGCUAUCUCUUCUGUUUUUGCUUACCCAAGACAUUUCGAGAAGAGAGCAAUGCGCAAUUCAUUGGUUCGCUUCGGAAAGAGAAGUGAUAUUUUGCAAGAUUCAAUGGAGUCACCGCUCUCCUCAGGUCGAGAAAUCUUUGUCGUCGAUCCAACCCUUCUCCGUGACUACUUAGAUCGCUAU